AGCGCAUGGCGCGUCAUUGAAGAGAGACCAUGAUGGCGGCGGCGCUGGGGCCCCCAGAAGUGAUCGCUCAGCUGGAGAACGCGGCCAAAGUUCUGAUGGCGCCACCUUCCAUGGUUAAUAACGAACAACGCCAGCAUGCAGAGCACAUAUUCUUAUCGUUUAGGAAAUCAAAGUCACCAUUUGCAGUUUGCAAGCAUAUUUUGGUUCUUCAUGCUUUGGAAGUAACAGUUGAAGAGAGGUGAGGAAAGUUUGUGAAAAUUGUGAUCGGUGAUUAGCUGCCACCUGCCUGGGGUGUCUUCUGAGAGGAACUAACCUCUUUGUGGUGCUAGAGCAAGGUCACUGGAUUAAAAAAAGAACAGAAACAAGUAAAGUGGACUAUGUCCUCUUUCAAGCUGCCACAGCCAUCAUGGAAGCAGUUGUCCGAGAGUGGAUUCUCUUGGAAAAAGGUAGCAUCGAGUCACUGCGAACAUUCCUUUUAACCUAUGUCUUACAAAGGCCUAACCUCCAAAAGUAUGUUCGGGAACAGAUUCUGUUAGCAGUAGCGGUAAUUGUAAAACGAGGAUCCUUAGAUAAAUCAAUUGACUGCAAAAGCAUCUUUCACGAAGUCAGCCAGUUGAUAAGUAGUGGCAAUCCCACUGUGCAAACUUUGGCCUGUUCUAUUCUAACUGCACUAUUGAGCGAAUUCUCAAGUUCAAGUAAAACUAGCAACAUUGGACUCAGUAUGGAAUUCCAUGGCAACUGCAAAAGAGUUUUUCAGGAAGAAGACCUUCGUCAGAUCUUCAUGCUAACAGUUGAAGUUCUUCAGGAAUUCAGCAGGCGGGAAAACCUCAAUGCUCAGAUGUCUUCGGUAUUUCAGCGUUACCUUGCCCUCGCCAAUCAAGUCUUGAGCUGGAACUUUCUUCCUCCAAAUUUGGGCAGACAUUAUAUAGCUAUGUUUGAAUCUUCACAAAAUGUGCUGUUAAAGCCAACAGAGUCCUGGCGGGAGACUCUUCUGGAUAGCAGAGUUAUGGAGCUGUUUUUCACAGUACAUCGAAAAAUCAGAGAAGAUUCAGAUAUGGCACAAGAUUCUCUUCAGUGCCUUGCCCAGUUAGCUUCUCUUCAUGGACCCAUCUUCCCCGAUGAAGGCUCACAAGUUGAUUAUCUAGCACACUUCAUUGAGGGAUUACUGAAUACUAUCAAUGGAAUUGAAAUAGAAGAUUCCGAAGCUGUGGGAAUCUCCAGCAUUAUCAGCAACCUGAUAACUGUGUUCCCUCGAAAUGUUUUAACUGCCAUUCCAAAUGAACUUUUCUCGUCCUUUGUUAACUGUCUCACACACCUCACUUGUUCUUUUGGGCGAAGUGCUGCAUUGGAAGAAGUGCUUGAUAAAGAUGACAUGGUGUACAUGGAAGCCUAUGACAAAUUGCUGGAAUCCUGGCUAACUUUGGUCCAAGACGACAAACAUUUCCACAAAGGCUUUUUUACCCAACAUGCAGUUCAAGUUUUCAAUUCCUAUAUUCAGUGCCACCUCGCUGCUCCAGAUGGCACGAGGAAUUUGACUGCCAAUGGUGUGGCCUCUCGUGAGGAAGAAGAAAUAAGUGAACUUCAAGAGGAUGAUCGAGACCAGUUUUCAGAUCAACUAGCCAGUGUAGGAAUGCUAGGAAGGAUUGCUGCAGAACACUGUAUACCUCUUCUGACAAGCCUAUUAGAAGAAAGAGUAACGAGGCUCCACGGUCAGUUACAGCGGCAUCAGCAGCAGUUACUUGCUUCACCUGGUUCGAGCACUCUAGACAACAAAAUGCUUGAUGAUCUGUAUGAAGAUAUUCACUGGCUUAUUUUAGUUACAGGCUACCUCUUAGCUGAUGAUACUCAGGGAGAGACUCCGCUAAUACCUCCAGAAAUAAUGGAAUAUUCCAUUAAGCAUUCAUCUGAAGUUGACAUUAAUACAACACUUCAAAUUUUGGGAUCUCCAGGAGAAAAGGCUUCUUCCAUCCCAGGGUACAACAGAACAGAUUCUGUGAUUAGGCUAUUAUCUGCUGUUCUCAGAGUUUCAGAGGUUGAAUCUCGAGCAAUAAGAGCAGACCUCACUCACCUCCUAAGCCCUCAAAUGGGCAAAGACAUUGUUUGGUUCCUAAAACGCUGGGCAAAGACUUACCUCCUGGUGGAUGAGAAACUAUACGAUCAGAUAAGUCUGCCAUUCAGUACAGCAUUUGGAGCAGAUACAGAAGGUUCUCAGUGGAUUAUUGGCUACCUCUUACAAAAAGUCAUCAGUAACCUCUCAGUGUGGAGUAGUGAGCAGGACCUUGCAAAUGACACUGUGCAGCUCCUUGUCACUUUGGUGGAAAGAAGAGAAAGAGCAAACUUAGUGAUUCAGUGUGAAAACUGGUGGAACUUAGCCAAGCAGUUUGCAAGUCGAAGCCCACCUCUGAACUUCCUGUCAAGUCCCGUGCAGAGGACACUGAUGAAGGCUCUUGUCUUGGGUGGUUUUGCACAUAUGGACACAGAAACCAAACAGCAGUAUUGGACAGAGGUCCUUCAGCCACUGCAGCAGCGAUUCUUAAGAGUGAUAAAUCAAGAAAACUUUCAGCAGAUGUGCCAGCAGGAGGAAGUCAAGCAGGAGAUCACGGCCACGCUGGAGGCCCUGUGUGGCAUUGCGGAGGCUACCCAGAUUGACAACGUAGCAAUUCUUUUUAAUUUUUUGAUGGACUUCCUUACCAAUUGCAUUGGAUUGAUGGAAGUUUACAAAAAUACCCCAGAGACCGUCAAUCUCAUAAUAGAAGUUUUUGUGGAAGUUGCACAUAAACAGAUAUGCUAUCUUGGAGAGUCCAAAGCUAUGAACCUGUAUGAAGCCUGCCUUACUUUGCUGCAAGUAUAUUCUAAGAAUAACUUGGGGCGGCAAAGAAUAGAUGUUACAGCAGAGGAAGAACAGUACCAAGACCUGCUUCUCAUCAUGGAACUUCUCACUAACCUUCUGUCAAAAGAAUUCAUAGAUUUUAGCGAUACAGAUGAGGUGUUCAGAGGACAUGAGCCAGGGCAGGCGGCAAACAGGUCUGUGUCUGCGGCUGAUGUUGUUCUGUAUGGAGUGAACCUCAUUCUGCCCCUGAUGUCACAAGAUCUUUUGAAGUUUCCAACCCUUUGUAAUCAGUACUACAAAUUAAUCACAUUUAUCUGUGAGAUUUUUCCUGAAAAAAUACCACAGCUUCCUGAAGAUCUUUUUAAAAGUCUGAUGUACUCUCUAGAACUAGGCAUGACAUCAAUGAGUUCGGAAGUUUGCCAGCUUUGCCUGGAAGCUUUGACGCCAUUAGCUGAGCAGUGUGCAAAAGCACAGGAAACAGAUUCACCACUUUUUCUAGCAACACGGCACUUUCUAAAGCUGGUUUUUGAUAUGCUGGUUUUGCAAAAGCACAACACAGAGAUGACCACUGCAGCCGGUGAAGCUUUCUACACGUUGGUGUGCUUGCAUCAGGCUGAAUAUUCCGAGUUGGUUGAAACAUUACUGUCAAGUCAGCAAGACCCGGUUAUUUACCAGAGAUUAGCAGAUGCCUUCAACAAGCUCACCGCAAGCAGCACUCCUCCGACGCUGGACCGGAAGCAGAAGAUGGCCUUCCUAAAGAGUUUAGAAGAGUUUAUGGCAAAUGUUGGUGGCCUCCUUUGUGUAAAAUAAACAACAAAACUUUAUGCUUAAUUUAGAUCCUUUCUGCAAAGUGCACUGAAUUGCUAAAAGCUGACUUGAGUCUUGUCCUGUCCUUCAGUUCUUUGGCCGUUUUGGAUCUCGGAGAGCCUGAAAGUUUGAUAUGUAAUGCAGUGAAACAGGAGAGGUCACCUUUGAAUCAGCUUCCGCUGUUGGGUGUUAGCCACAGUCUGUCAUAUGUGUCUUGUAGAUUUUGAAUGGUGAUCUAAGAUUUCCAAUUCCGUAUGUGUGCAAACAGAUAUGGGCACCAUGAAAUGCACAUUCAGUGCCUUUCCCCCUUAUCAAAACAUUAGGUGGCUAGCCAAAGUGUAGACUUUCUGUUAAAUUAAAUAUAUUAGAUGGACGUGUGCUCGGCAUUGUUUCUCAAAAUGUUGUCCACAGACCACCUGCAUCAUUGGAGGAGCUGGUUGAAAAGGCGGAUUCUUGGGCCCAACUGUCGACCCUCAGAGUCAGAAUUUCUGUUCGUUGGGCCUUGGACUCUUCAUUUUAACACGCUCCUCCCCUCUGCCACCCCACAAGUUUUGAAUCAAUGCAAAAGACAGUGGAAACUCUUCCGAGGUUUUGUGCUUUCAAACUUUUCCUCCCUUUGAUGAUUCGGUUUGUGAUUCAGCGGGAAGAAGAAACAUCAGGUGUUUGCUGGCUUCGUGUGUCACACACUCUGGCUCUCUGUUGUUUGUAACAUCAGCCUGGUGUUGCAGGCUUUGUGUGAUACAGGCCUCCAGUCACACUCUGAUGCCUGAACUUGAGGGGGAAAAUGGGUGUAUAUUUUUGUUCCAUAAAAAGAACUUUAGGAACUGUAGCCAUUUCAUUGCCUUAAUUUUAAGAAGAAAAUACAAAAAAGAGCAGAUUUGUUUUAGUAAGAAAUCAAGUCUUGAUGCUUCAGAGUUGGUUUAGGGUGUUAGCUGCUACGAAUCUGGUGCCCUUUUGAUCGUGUAUUUAUGUUGGGUUUAUGAGUGAAAUGAAAGUCUCAUUCGUAUGUAGUCUAACUUUUUGGGUAUGUUUCUCUUCAGCCACGUAGCCCAUGGCUAAUAAUCUAUUCUGAAUGGCUUGCUUAAGCAAUAACUAUUUUAAAGGAUGUGAAUUACUGAUUCAUACAGACUAUUCUACGUUGGGGCAUUAGGGGCAAUAAUUACGCUAGAGUGGACAUUCUCCUCAUUUCACAGGAGCCAUGUACAUUUAAUUUAAGAGAUUAAAAACUUCCUAUUUAGAUCCUCUAGUUUGAUUUUUCUAAUCAGGACUUUUGUACUGCUGCCACGCUCCCCUUAGUUCUGUGUGCCAGCUUAAAUUAUGGAAAUGAAAGCUAAUU